AUGCCUUCCCGGAAACCAAGCAAGUAUGGCAACAACAGCAAGUUCCGGUCCAAUGCUUCAUCCUCGAAGCCGCGCCGAACGAAAACCGUCGAAUUCUCCUCCCUGCGGUCUACGGAAGCAACCUCGCAAGAUGAAAAGCUGGAGGCCCUUCGCCUGGGCAACAGCAUCGAUGAGGCCCUCGGCUUUCCCCGUUUCGAGUCCGGCGAGACGAGGGCCGGAUGGCUUAUCAACAUGCAUAGCACCACGAUAGAAGAUUCCAAUGUGCCAGGAGGCCGUGCCGGCGUGGAUUACUAUUUUCUGCAGGACGAUGGGGGGAGUUUCAAGGCGACGGUGGAAUACGAUCCUUACUUCCUCAUCGCCGUCAAGAAGGGCCACGAGAUGGAGGUGGAGGAGUGGUGUCGACGGUCGUUUGAGGGAUUGAUCAAGAAGUUCAAACGACUCGAGAAGGAAGACCUGAAAUUGCCGAACCAUCUCCUCGGACACCGAAGGACGUUCAUCCAGUUGAACUUUGCGAAUGUUCCCGACUUGCUUGAUGUCCGCAGGACGCUGCUUCCCUUGGCAGAGAAGAACAAGAAAAACGCGAGUGUCAUGGACACCUAUGUCGAGGUUACCAGCACGACGGCUGGCUUCGACCUUUUUGAUGACGAAAUAAUUAAUGAGCAACGACCUAAUGGCAACAUGCAAGCGAGUGAUUUUAUUGUUGAUAUCCGAGAAUAUGAUGUUCCGUACCACGUUCGAGUGUCGAUCGACAAGGACAUUCGCAUCGGAAAGUGGUAUAAUGUGGAAGCAAAGCAUGGCACCAUCUCCUUGACCUGCUUGGAAGACCGACUUCAGCGUGCCGAUCCCGUGGUCCUUGCCUAUGAUAUCGAAACCACGAAACUCCCACUGAAGUUUCCCGACGCCGUGAUUGACCAGAUCAUGAUGAUCUCGUAUAUGAUAGACGGACAAGGGUUCUUGAUCACCAACCGUGAGAUCGUGUCCGAGGAUAUCAAUGAUUUCGAGUAUACUCCGAAGCCUGAAUACAGCGGGCCCUUUGUGAUCUUCAAUGAGCCCAACGAGAGAGCUGUUCUGGAACGGUUUUUCGAGCACAUCAAGAUCGCCAAACCUACCGUGAUCGCUACAUACAACGGAGAUUUCUUCGAUUGGCCAUUCGUGGAGGCCAGAGCAAGUGUUCAAGGAAUCGACAUGUACACGGAGAUCGGCUUCCGGAAGAAUAGCGAGGACAUCUACCAAAGUAACCAUUGCGUUCACAUGGAUUGCUUUGCGUGGGUCAACCGCGAUAGUUACCUGCCCCAGGGAAGUCGAGGUUUAAAAGCCGUGACUGUCGCCAAACUGGGCUACGACCCCGAUGAACUUGACCCGGAGUUGAUGACACCUUAUGCAAGCGAGCGUCCCCAGACUCUGGCCGAAUACUCCGUUUCCGACGCCGUGGCCACCUACUACCUUUACAUGAAAUAUGUCCACCCGUUCAUCUUUUCGCUUUGCACGAUUAUUCCUCUCAACCCCGAUGACACUCUGCGCAAAGGAACGGGAACACUUUGCGAAAUGCUGCUCAUGGUGCAAGCAUACCAAAACGAGAUCAUACUGCCCAACAAGCACAAAGAUCCUCCCGAAGCAUUCUACGACGGCCAUCUUCUCGAGUCGGAGACUUACGUUGGUGGCCACGUGGAGAGUAUUGAAGCUGGUGUUUUCCGGAGCGAUAUUCCUGUUACGUUCAACAUUGACCCUGCAGCGGUUGACGAGCUUCUCAAGGAUCUGGAUCACGCUCUGAAAUUCAGCAUCGAGGUCGAAGAGAAGAAGUCUUUGGAGGAUGUUGUGAACUACGACGAGGUCCGAGGACAGAUCGCCGCACUGUUGCAGGACUUGAAAGACAACCCGAACCGAGAUGAGGUUCCCUUCAUCUACCACCUGGACGUCGCUUCCAUGUACCCCAACAUCAUGAUCACCAAUCGUCUGCAGCCCGACUCUAUGAUCGAGGAGUCGGACUGUGCCGCCUGCGAUUUCAACCGACCGGGGAAGACUUGUGACCGAAGAAUGCCGUGGGCCUGGCGAGGUGAAUUCCUGCCAGCGAAACGUGACGAAUACAACAUGAUCCGACGUGCCAUUGGGAACGAGCGAUUCUCCGGCAGAUACCCCAAUAGUCCGAUGAGGUCAUUCGGGGACUUGAGCGUCGAAGAACAGGCCGGUGUGGUCAAGAAGCGGCUGCAGGAUUACAGCAAGAAGAUCUACCACAAGAUCCACGACAGCAAGACGAUGGUCCGGGAGGCAGUCAUUUGCCAGAGAGAGAAUCCGUUCUAUGUCGACACUGUCCGCAGUUUUCGUGAUCGACGUUACGAUUUCAAGGGCAAGCAAAAAGUCUGGAAGAACAAGGCCGAUUCUUUGCAGUCUUCGGGAGCUUCAGCGGCUGAGGUCGACGAAGCUAAGAAGAUGAUCAUCCUGUUCGACUCACUGCAGCUUGCACACAAGGUCAUUCUCAACAGUUUCUAUGGUUACGUCAUGCGCAAGGGCUCUCGAUGGUAUUCGAUGGAAAUGGCGGGUGUUACCUGUCUGACAGGUGCUCACAUCAUCCAGAUGGCCCGAGAGCUUGUCGAGCGUCUGGGUCGACCCUUGGAGCUGGAUACCGAUGGUAUUUGGUGCAUGCUUCCCGGCACAUUCCCAGAGAACUUUUCGUUCACUUUGAAAAAUGGAAAGAAGCUGGGCAUCUCCUAUCCUUGUGUCAUGCUCAAUCAUCUCGUCCAUGCAAGGUAUACGAACCACCAGUACCAGGCACUUGUCGACCCGGCCAAGUACAAGUACGAGACCUACAGCGAGAACUCGAUCUUUUUCGAAGUUGAUGGCCCAUACCGGGCAAUGAUCCUGCCAACUUCCAAGGAAGAAGACAAGAAUUUGAAAAAGCGAUAUGCAGUCUUCAAUCAUGACGGUUCCCUGGCUGAACUGAAGGGGUUCGAGGUCAAACGAAGAGGAGAACUGAAAUUGAUCAAGAUCUUCCAGACCCAGAUUUUCAAAUUCUUCUUGGAAGGUUCCAACCUUGCGGAGACGUAUGCUGCAGUGGCUCGAGUCGCGGACCGAUGGCUGGACGUCCUCUAUGAACAUGGGUCGACCCUGGCUGACGAGGAGCUGAUCGACCUGAUUUCAGAAAACCGCAGCAUGUCCAAGACACUCGAAGAAUAUGGAAACCAAAAAUCAACGUCCAUCACAACCGCAAGGCGUCUGGCAGAAUUCUUGGGUGAGCAGAUGGUCAAAGACAAGGGCCUCAACUGCAAAUACAUUAUCUCUUCAAGGCCACGAAACACGCCCGUUACGGAGCGGGCCAUUCCCGUGACUAUCUUUUCGGCAGAGGAGAAUGUCAAGCGGUUCUUCCUGCGAAAAUGGCUGAAGGAAGACCCUGGCGAUAUGGACCCUCGAAGUGUUAUCGACUGGGACUACUACCUCGAGCGCUUGGGGUCGGUCGUUCAGAAGCUCAUCACUAUCCCAGCUGCGCUCCAGAAACUUCGAAACCCAGUUCCUCGGGUUGCUCAUCCGGAUUGGCUACAGCGGCGGAUCAACAUAAAGGACGACAAGUUCAAGCAGAAGAAAAUGACUGAAUUGUUUGAAAAGAAGCCCCUCUCGUCGAUAUCAACGAACAUUCUUGAUCAUCGUGUUCAACAUCCCGACAACAUGGACGAGGCGCUUGCAAAGUCGACCCAGGAAUCCCCCAAUAACAAGGUUGCUCAGAAGAGAAAACACCCCGAGGGCAUCCAAAAGACAUCACUCGAUCCCUUUGCCAGUCUUCCUUCGACCAUGCCUUCGAUCACGGAGGAUUACGAGGGUUUCCUGAAAUAUCAGAAGCAAAAAUGGAAGAUCCAGAAGCAGGCCCGAGUGCGUCGUCGCCAACUGUUUGGUGAACGUGUCAACGUUGCGUCCAACUCGCUGAGCAGCUUCUUCCGCAAUCAAGCCCAAAUGCUGUACAUCAGCACGUGGCAAGUCUUGCAGCUUUGUGAGACAGGCAGACCCGGAAUCGUGCGAGCUUUCAUCUUGAUCGACCAGAAGAUUCACGCCUUGAAUGUCAAGGUUCCGCGGCAGUUUUUUGUCAACUUGAAACGAGAGUCGCUACCCGAUGUGGAUGUACCGGAUUGUGAGGUCGAGAAAGUCAAUCACAUUCUGCCCAAUGGACAUCCUUCCGUUCAUCUCUUCAAGCUCACGCUGUCGGAGGAUACUUUCCUUCAAGAAGGAGAUAGGGUCGAUGCUCUCUUCCAGCACUCUAGCGUUGAGGGCGUUUACGAGCGCCAUAUCCCAUUAAGCGUCCGAGCAGUGCUCAAAUUGGGCAGUGUCUGUACCUUUGACGAAGAGCAGCGCGGCGUUCUUGGAGAAGGACUGGACCGAGGCUUUGAUCUUUCUUCGCUGCUUCAUACAACCCAAAAAGAGCCCUACCUGAUGGACUCCGGGCUGGCAUACCAUUAUCUGUAUCAUGUCGUCUCCGGAGACAGGCAGGUCUUUGCCCUUUUUUCGACCACCAAGAACGAGGCCCAUAUUAUCAUGCUCAACCGCACCAGAGACGUGCAGGGCCUCCCGAACGUGGACAAGAUCUACUUAGAGCUCCUUGCACGCAAGAUGCAGAACCCAACAGAGGAGUCACAGAAUGCGUUUGAGUAUCAGGACAAAAUUCAUUUCAAGACCACUCAGGUAAUGACACGAAGAAAAGCUCACCUGGAGGUCGGUGAUUUGGUCAGGAAACUACGGAAUGAUGAGAACCAGCCCGCGGUUCUUGUCAUUCAAUCUCAACAGAAGGAUCGCUUAUGUCACGACAUCCCAAUCUUGAAGGAGUAUCCUGUCCUCUCCGUCAAGCCCGAGGUGUCAGACAUGGAACUCCCUCCGCUUGGUUGGCAGUCGUUCAUCGCCAAGCGCCUUGUUACCCACUACUUGUAUCUAUCGGCUUGGAUCCAGCACUUGACCCUGCUUGCUCGAUACGGCGAUGUUCCUAUUUGCAACCUGGAGAGUGAUGAUCCUCGGUUUUUGAUUGAUAUCUCGUACGCCAGGCGUCUCCAACAGAGCAAUGUCGUUCUGUGGUGGUCUCCCGGCCCGCGACCAGACCAUGCAGGUUACGAAAAAGAUGAUAUUCUCAGUCGUUUGGAUACAGUCAACAUGCCCUCGGUGAACGUGCCAAGCGCAUAUUCCACGGUCUGCAUUGAGCUGGAGGUCCGCAACCUCGCCAUCAACACGAUUCUCACUUCUUCUAUCAUCAACGAUAUGGAAGGCAGCGAUGCUCUUCUGGCUGGGGGUGCCGAAGAUGAAGCUGGCGUGCUGUACUCAGAGAAGGCCUUUGCCUCCGCCGGUGCCAUUGUUCUGCGCGAGAUGGUCAAGAACUGGUGGACGGAAGCAUGUGCAGGUAACAGCAUGGCGGAUAUCAUGGUGCAGCACCUGAUCCGCUGGGUUGAGAGCCCCGUGAGCUGUCUUUACGAUCGGUCUCUGCACAACUACGUGCGACUGCUGUCGCGCAAGUCGUUCCAGAGACUCAUGGCUGAAUUCCGCCGCGUUGGUUCGCAUGUUAUCUUUGCGAGCUCGACGCGACUUUUACUGCAGACGACCAAGACUGAGGUCGGCAACGCCUACGCCUACAGCCAGUACGUGCUCAAGUCGAUCCGCGCUAACGCUUCGUUCCAUUUCAUCGACCUCGAGAUCAAAGAGUAUUGGGAUUAUCUGGUGUGGUAUGACGAGUACAAUUACGGCGGCAAAGGAUGCCGGGAAGUGGUCGAGGCUGAGCAUCAAGACCUCGAGACCGUCAUGCAUUGGCAGCUGAAUCGGUUCCUGCCCAUCCCUAUGCAGACCAUCUUCCACGACUGGGUGGUCGAGUAUAUCGACCUGAUGCACUCAAUGAAGCAUCCAGAUACCGAAGUUUCGUCUACGCCGCGCCUGACACAGAUCCCCAUUGGACGGCCCAGCGACGCAGACAGCGACGAGAUCACCGCCGUACUCACAGACAAAUUCUCCAAGCCCCUCAAGAAGCAGAUCUCGGGUCUGAUCCGUCGACAACGUGACGAAAUGCUGCACCCGGAGUUGGCGUCCGACUACGCCUUCCCCGUUUUACCUGGGGUUUUGGCCAAUGGGGACAAACAAAAUCCGGCUCUAGAGCUGGUAAAGUUGUUAAUGCAGGUGUUGAGUCUCUCGAAGACUACGACCCUGGAAUCACGACUCCUGCGGCGCGAGCUACUAGCUCUUUUCGAGGUCCGCGAGUUCAGCAAGGCCGGCCGCUUCGAAAACCCCAGCGCCAGCCUGAAGCUGCCCGAACUCACCUGCAAUGCGUGCUGCCUUAUCCGCGACCUCGACCUCUGCCGCGACGAAGACGUCCUACCCGAUUCCGGCGCGGAUGCUAGCAAGGCGCCCCCCAAACCCUGGCGCUGUCCCUUCUGCCAGACGGAGUACGACCGCCUGGCGCAGGAGGAGAUCCUCAUCGGGCAAGUGCAUGGUCUGGUGGUGGAAUGGCAGACGCAAGACCUGAAAUGUUCCAAGUGCAGUGGACUUAAGGUCAGUGAGUUUAUGGAGCAUUGCUCGUGUAGCGGAGCGUGGGCGGCGACUGUUGAUCUCAAGGAGGUCCAGAAGAAGUUGCGAGUGCUGGAGAGCGUCGCCAAGUUCCAUCACUUGCAGCUGCUGGAGAAUAUUGUGGAGGACGUGCUGGCCGCGAUGUAA